GAGAGAGAGAGAGGUCCGAUGUCAAAUAUCAGGGCCACAACCAACAAACCUUCCUCGCUUGGUCUUCCUCUUCCCCUCUUUAGUUGUCUCUCCUUUUCUUCUCUCUCGCGGAUCUAAAUAAAAAAUAUAAAACAUAAAUAAAUAAAGCGAGCACUCACUCUUUUCAAUCGUUGCUUUCUCCCUGCACGGAUCUCUUUUCGCUUCCCGAUCUCAUACGAAGCCCUUGAGAGAAAUUUCUUUCCUUUCUCUCUCCCCCCACUUUUUACUCUCCGCUAGGGUUUCCAAAAAAAAACUAAUCAAGCAAAAAUAGAACGAAAGGAAUCAAAUCUCAGAUUGUGUCAAAGUCUUUUGGAUGACCUUGCUAAGACUACUGAAUUAUGACAUCAAGUAUGUUGACCGGAGAUCGCAGAUAUGCUCCUUCAAGAAGAGGUGGCAUGACAAGUUUGGGGAAGAUUGCUGUUCCCAAACCAAUAAACCUACCCAGCCAAAGGUUAGAAAAUCAUGGUCUGGACCCGAAUGUUGAAAUUGUGCCCAAGGGUACCCAUAGCUGGGGCACUAGAUCAUCUUCUUCCACUCCUAAUGCCUGGGGUUCUUCAACGCUGUCUCCAAAUACUGAUGGUGGUAGUGGUUCACCAAGCCAUCAGAGUGGUCGCCCCUCAUCUGGUGGAAGUGGCACUCGACCAUCAACUGCAAGCAGUGAUAGAACCCACGAUCCCAUUGCUAGUGCAUGGGGUGCAAAUUCUAGGCCAUCUUCAGCAUCAGGAGCUUUGACAUCAAGUCAAACAUCAUUUACAUCAUUGCGUCCUUGCAGUGCAGAAACAAGACCUGGUAGCUCGCAGUUAUCCCGUUUCGCUGAGCCCUUAUCUGAUAAUUCAGUGGCUUGGGUUGCAACUGGAACAGCAGAAAAGUUGGGAGGGACAUCCUCUAAGAAUGAGGGGUUUUCUUUGACUUCUGGAGAUUUUCCAACUCUUGGUUCAGAGAAAGAGCACUCUGGAAAAAACACGGAGUCCCAAGACCAUGAUUCUUACAGUCGUCCUGGUUCAUCAUCGGGUGGAGUAGCUCCGGGGAAAGAGAGUGCUGAAAAUUCUGCAGGUGAUGCUUCUAUAAACACAAAUGCAAAGAUGGAACCUGCAAAUUCUUGGAGAAGAGAGAAUCCCAUGAGUGGUGAAGAUGGGUCGAGGCCUAGCAUGGAGAAGUGGCACCCUGAUCACCAAUUGUAUCCUAAUUCUAAUAUUCGCCCACAGAAUUAUGAUUCUUGGCAUGCCCCCCCUGUAAAUAAUCCUCCAGGUGGUGUUUGGUACAGAGGACCUCCAGGUGGUCCACCUUUUGCGCCGCCAAUAGCACCUGGUGGCUUUCCCAUGGAGCCAUUUCCUUAUUACUGUCCGCAGAUUCCACCUACUGCUCUUGCCAACCCACAACAAGGUCCUCCACCAGGACCUGGACCAAGAGGACCCCAUCCAACAAAUGGAGACAUGUACAGACCCCACAUGCAUGAUGCGUUUAUGCGUCCAGGCAUGCCAUUUCGUCCAGGUUUUUAUCCUGGACCAGUUCCUUACGAGGGCUAUUAUGCUUCUCACAUGGGCUACUGCAACUCCAGUGAUCGAGAUAUUCAGUUUAUGGGAAUGGCAGUGGGUCCUGCUCCAUAUAACAGAUUUUCUGGUCAAAAUGCUCCUGAUCCUGGAAAUUCCCAUGGAAGGCCAGGUGGAUAUGGUCCUCCUAGUGGUCACACAAUGGUUCCAGAACAACUGGAAUCUGGUCAUCCACAAGAUACUCGUGGACCAUACAAAGUUCUUCUGAAGCAGCAUGAUGGUUUAGAGGGAAAAGACGAACAGAAGUGGGAUGACAUGAUGGCAACCAAUGCAUCAUAUCCUGGGAAGGCAGACCAUCAAAGAAAGUCAUCAUGGGAGAAGGGCUGGAGUGCAGAUGAGAAGAACAAUAAAGAGAGGAAUACAAGAAGAAUUGGCGAAGAAUUUUCUUCCGAGGCCAGUGGCAACCAAGGAGGUGCUAAAGUGAAACCUCUUGAACAUAUAGGAAAUUGGAAGGCAGCUGAUGACAGUUCAGUUAAGAAACUGGAACAUGCAGCAUCUGGUUUUCCAGAAGUUUCAACCGCCCCAAAGGAUCCUAGUCUAAUCCGGAAAAUAGAAGGUUUAAAUGCAAAGGCCAGGGCCUCUGAUGGAAGGCAAGAAGUUAAAUUUGCUUCCGGUAGGGAGGAGCAUAAGAAUAGAUUACAAGGUGGUAAUGCCAGGUCUAAUCACUCUGCAAAUGAAGCUGGUAAUAGUUAUGCAUCUCUUGAAAGAACUCAUGUCUGUGGCAUUAGCGACGCUGCUUCCCAUGAAGACCGCAUUUCUGCUGCAGAUAAGAGCCAUGAGGUAACAGAUGCUAUCGGAACAGCAAGCUCCAGGAGAUCAACUCAUGGUAUGCAUGGGAGACCUGAUCAUCAUGGUAAAGGGAGAUUCAGUACCCAAGAGGCUGAAGGGUGGCGGAGAAGAUCCCAUGUUGCAGACAUGCCGAGUGUAUUGUCGUCUUCUCAUUUUGAAAAUUCUAAUGUUCAUAGGCAAGACCAUAGUCCUACAGAGGCAACUGAAAAGUCUGGGUCAUAUCAUCAAGGGAAGGAUGAUGGAGAAUCUGUGCUACCUCACCCUGAUCCCAGUGAUAGCCAGGUGCAACGUGCUAAGAUGAAAGAGCUAGCCAUUCAACGGGUUAAACAACGUGAGAAGGAAGAGGAGGAACGUGCUAGAGAUCAAAAGGCCAAGGCACUUGCAAAACUGGCAGAGUUGAAUAAGCGGACUAAGGCAGCGGAGGGUUUAAGCGAGGUGCUGCCAGGGAUGCUGAAGGCCACCCACAAGGAAUCUGUUGUGAUACAUGACCAAUUGGAGCCAUUGCAACAGGAUGUUAGUCGUGCUGAUGGUGAUCACCCUGAUAAUGCCCCACAGACUUGUGACAAUAGAGCUUCCAAGCAGAAGCGUGUGAGCUACAGACAAAAGCAGAAUGGUCCCUUGGAAAAGACUUGCAAUGAUAAGUUAAUGACUUCUAUAAUUGAGGCACCAAAAAAUGCUACUGAUGUAGCAGCCAAUGCUCCUGUUUCUACCGAGGGUGCAAAUGAAAUGACCACAAGCCCUGAAUCGACUUUGCCCAUCAACCCAACUGCCAUGACCGAGUCUUCAGUACAUCAUGGUAGAAGAAAGAGCAAAAAUGGAAAGAACAAGUACAAAGUGGAGGAGGCAUCAUCUAUGGCAGUAGUUGUAACGGCAACCCUAUCAAAAGAAAUAACUGCUAUAGACAUUUCAGUUGAAAGUAGUAAGUCCAAGGCUUCUGAAUAUGUGUCAGAUCCAAGCUCCCAGACUGAUUCUAGAGAUGGAAAUCAGUCUUUGGAUCAACGCACAUCAUCACCAAAUGAAGAAGUUCAAGGCAGAGUAAAUAAUCAGUGGAAAUCUCAAUAUUCUCGCAGGAUGCUGAGGAAUCCACAAGCUAAUAAAUCAUCUGAGAAAUUCCAAAGUGGUGAUUGUGUUAUCUGGGCUCCUGUGCGGUUGCACAAUAAAAUUGAGGCUACUGAUGAAGCCAGUCAGAAGACUCUGGCUGAUGCCAUUAGUGAACCCAUGAAGAGUGAUCAGCAAGUGCAGAAUAAUAGAAGAAAUAAACGGGCAGAAAUGGAAAGAUACAUUCCGAAGUCUGUAGCCAAAGAAAUGGCUCAGCAAGGAAGUAGUCCCCAUUCAGCGGUGCCAUUAAUCAAUCAGAUUACACCAGAUGAGACUGUUGGAAGACCUGAAUCUCAUUCUCUGGGCAAUGAAAGUUCUCAAAGCUCUGCCACAGGUAUGGGAAAGGUAGUAUCCAUUUUAGAAUCUAAGAAUGGGGAUGGCAGGCAAAAUAAGUCAGGAAAAAGGUAUGGAUCAUGGCGCCAACGGGGUUCAUCUGAAUCAACUUUGUCUUUUACAAGUAAAAAUGUUCAAACAUCAAUUGAGCAUCAAGUCCAGAAACCUGAUGUAAGUUCAGCGAAAGAGCAACUGGGUCAUUCUGAUGAAUGGAGUGACUCUGAUGGUUGGAACAUUCCUGAAAAAUCUGAGGUGCCCAUCACUGUCCCUGCUAUAAAAGAUCAUGGUGCAACAGCCAGAGCUAGGCGGCCAUCAUACAGGGGACAUAAAGGCACGGGAUGUAGCCAUGAUCCUGAUGAGAAGAGAAUUAAUACUGGGGACGCUGAAAAGGUUCAUGUCCAAACUUUAGGUUCAGAGAUGCAUCAAGCAGACUUGGCUGCAACUUCAAAAGAAAAUUGUGCUGUUGGGGAACGACUAACAUCUCAUUGGCAACCCAAAUCCCAGCCAAUUUCAGCAACUAAUCAUCCAGGAAGCAGGGCCAGUGGUGGUCAGAACACAGGCUCUGAAGUUGGUAGGGGUAAUAAAAAGGAUUCCACUUCUCAAAAUGGUAUGCCAGUUCUGCCUCAACCUGGCAAGGAUAUUGCUGCAGAGGCCCAGUCCCAUCCUGAUGGCUCUCUGUCUGCAAGGAGCAAUUUGGAAGAAGAUCCUAGCACUGGGCAUCAAGAGGGUAAGAAGGAAAGGAAGAUAGCAUCACAUAAAGGACAUCUGGCUGAACCAUCUCCUUUGAAUAUGGAUUUUCAACAACGUGUGUCUUCAGGGUUCCGAAAAAAUGGAAACCAAAACAGCCGCUUUGGCAGAGAGCAUGAUUCUCGUGGUGGCGAGUGGAGUGGUUCUGGUAAAGAUAACGAGUACCAUAACCAUGAAAGGCAGAGACAUAAUUCACAUUAUGAGUACCAGCCAGUAGGGCCUCAAUAUAAUAACAAAGCUAACAAUGAUGAAUCUUCCAAAGAUGGUUCUCAUAAUUCAGUUGCAAGGUCCAGGGAGAGAGGUCAGAGUCACUCAAGGCGUGGUGGGGGGAAUUCGCAUGGGCGGCAACCUGGUGGUGCUCGAGGCGAUGCCAAUUAUGAUUAGGGGUGAAACUCUUGAACGGGCUCUGGUGUGUCAAAAAACAAUGCCUCCAAUAAAAGUUUUGAGAUGAUCUCUCGCACUCAGGGCUUGGAGCAAACAAAAUGGCAUCGCAAAAAAGAAAAGAAGAGAUAGAGAGGCAGGCAGGCAGGAGGCACUCGGAUAUGGUUGAUUUAUUUUCUUAUUUUUCAAAUGUAUUUGAUCAGAACAGUGUUAUUUUGUCGCAGUGUGUUUGCUGUGGAACCCUAGAUAUGUUUUGAGCGGUGUAUCUAGUGAUCAAUAUUCUCCUUCAUAUGAACACUAGAAAGAAUGAAGUAGAGGAGCUUUUCUGGUUCUCCCACUUUAUCUCAAUCUUCCAUUCUUUA